AUGAUUGUGGCCAACAUCAUUGCCACAUUUUACUAUGAUUAUGAAAGUGAAAGUUUAAUCAAUCCGCUUGUGUUGAACGAAUGGAGUCCGGCAUACCUUGUUGACUCGCUGUGUCAAGUACAACUCAACAAGGAAUUCCAGACGACCGAUUGGCGUGUUAGACCACUCCCCGAAGAAAUGAUGCACUACGCCCGGGAGGACACUCACUAUUUACUCUACUGCUAUGAUCUGCUACGGGAAAGACUUUUUCAGUCUGGAAACGAAAGGACGAACAAUUUACUGGAAGACGUUUACAGGGACUCCAAGGAGAUU